AUGUAUCCAGUCCAGUCUGGUAGACGCCGGGUUACUGCACAAUCCCCAGAGCCAGAUGUUUAUCAGCCUGAUAAGAAACUCAUCAUGGAUAUCGGAGUCUCGGCGACUCUGCAGUGUUAUAUUUUUGAAGUCGAAGUUGAAGAAAUGAUCUUUUUUAAGCAAGAAAACAGAAAACAGCCUCGAAUAAUCGUCAGAUUCUUUAACGCUGCUCGAGAAACGUUUUACAAUGAAUUUCAAAAUCCUCGUUUCCAGUUUAAAAAUCAUACGACCUGCUUCAAUCUGACCAUUUUAAACCCCACGCUGUCUGAUGAAGCCGUGUACUACUGUGCACUGACGAGACCCGACCCUGUGUUUGGAGAAGGAACUGAUUUAAAAUUUAAAGGUCAGAGUUUUACCACUGAAUCAGAAACAUCGAAACCAGCUCUGUGUGAUCACAACACGAACAUGAACACACAAGAGAAAACAGUGCUCGGUUUGGGAACGGCUUUGGGUUUGUGUGCACUUCUGAUUUUCUGUCUCUUUUAUUUCAUCCUGAGGAGAAGAAAAUGGGAUAAAAUUCUGGAGAAAUCUCACCUCCAAUCACAUUUCCUGACUCAUUCAUCCUCUUUAUAUGCUGCUACAUUCAUUCAGUGCUAA